UGCUACUAUGAAGGGGAUGAGCAACCAAAUCUUCAUAGUUUGUUCUUAUGGCAUAGCUGCUCUUCGUCUCCUCCCUGCUCCCUUUUUCUCCUUCAGAUCAAGAAUAGUUUCUCCACUCAGCACCUCCAUCAUCUGCAAAAUUUGUUGGAAAUUAGAUCUUAUUAUUUAGCUAUUAUCUCUAUAUAUAAGGAAGUUUAAGUUAUUUAUUUGUUUUAGGUUGUUAUCAUUUAAAUUAGAUAAGAUAAGAUUGGAUAGUUAUCUUUUUAGAUAAUAUUAUCUUGUAAAGCCUAUUUAAAGGAUAGAUUAUUUUCAGUUUAAUGAGUAAUUCAGUUUUUCAUUCCAUCUUCUUCUUUUCGGAAUCCUUGAUUUUUUUAACAUUUGGUAUCAGAGCCUAUUCACGAAAAAUUCCAUGGCUUCCGAAAAUUAUGUCCAGCCCUCAAUCCCUCGUUUUGAUGGUCAUCACUACGACCAUUGGAGUAUGUUGAUGGAGAAUUUUCUCCGGUCCAAAGAGUAUUGGACCAUUGUUGAAGCUGGAGUUCCAGAACCAGCGACAGGUGCAAAUGAUGCACAGAGGGCAGAAAUUGAGAAGGAAAAAUUGAAGGAUCUCAAGGCUAAGAACUAUUUGUUCCAAGCCAUAGAUCGGGCUAUCUUGGAAACAAUUCUUAACAAGUCUACUUCCAAGAAUAUUUGGGAUUCCAUGAAGAAGAAGUACCAAGGGAAUGAAAGAGCAAGGCGACAACAGCGCCAGGCUUUGCGGGCAGAAUUCGAAGUUCUGCAGAUGCAGAUUGGUGAAUUUGUAAAUGAUUAUUUUGCAAGGACGAUGGCUAUUGCAAACAAGAUGAGGAUCCAUGGUGAAAAUCUGGAGGAUGUUGCUAUAGUUGACAAAAUCCUUCGGUCUAUGACAACAAAAUUCAAUUAUGUUGUUUGUUCAAUUGAGGAGUCAAAUGAUAUUGAGGCUCUUUCUCUUGAUGAGUUGCAGAAUUCAUUGUUAAUUCAUGAGCGGAAGAUAAAUCGCCAAGACAAGCAAGAGCAAGCAGUGCAGAUUUCGCAGACACAAGCCUUGCAAACCACAGUUAAUUCAAGGGCUGUAGCCACUGGAAUUCAAAAGAGGUGGCAGAACAGAAAUUAUCAAGCUGCAGAUAACAUAUCCAAAUCUGUAGGAAAGGCAAAUAUUGAAUGCUUCAAAUGUCAUAGGUAUGGCCAUUAUCGUUUUGAGUGCCGUGCUAAUCUGAAUAGAGGAGAAAGUUCCAAUUUUGCAGAAUACAAUGAGAAGAAUGACGAUUCCUCUCUAUUCAUGGUCUGUCAUCCGAAAGAAGUCAGCAAGAAGAAUGUGUGGUAUCUGGAUACUGGUUGCAACAAUCACAUGUGUGGAGACAAAUCUGCGUUUUCAGAUUUGGAUGAGUCUUGUCAAGACAAGGUGAAAUUUGGUGAUAAUUCCACUAUUGCAGUCAAGGGAAGGGGAAAGGUAACCAUUCGUGCCAAAGACAAUUCAAUUCAGACUAUUUCUAAUGUUUUGUAUGUACCAAAUUUGAAGUCAAAUCUGCUUAGUCUGGGACAGCUUCAGGAAAAAGGAUAUGAAAUCCUUAUUAAAGAUGGAGUUUGCCAAAUUCGUGAUUCAAAGCUUGACCUGAUUGCAAAGGUCAAGAUGACGAGAAAUAGGUUGUUUCCAUUAUACGUGCAGACCACAAAUCUGUCAUGUUUAUCUGCCAGAUUAAAGGACACAACUUGGUUAUGGCAUUGCCGAUUUGGACAUCUUUAUUUUGGUGGGUUGAAAGCUUUGCAGCAGAAGAAGAUGGUAAAUGGUCUUCCUCAUUUUGAUUCUCCUUCAGAAAUUUGUGAAAUCUGCGUGACCAAGUCAGAAGCCUUAACAGCCUUUAAAAAUUUCAAAGUCUUGGCUGAGAAUGAGGUUGGCAGAUCUGUAAAGGUUCUACGGACAAAUCGUGGUGCAUAUGCACAUGUGCCAGAUCAGAGAAGGAGUAAGCUUGAUGACAAAGGGGAAAAGUGUAUUUUCCUUGGUGUUAGUGAUCAGUCCAAAGCUUACAGAUUAUACAAUCCUUUAACCAAGAAGGUCAUCAUUAGUCGUGAUGUAGUGUUUGAUGAAGCAAGCACUUGGUCUUGGACAGAAAUAUCUGGGCAACAAAUUCCUGCAGAUUUCGAAAAUGGAGAAGAUCUGAUUGUGCAAACUUCAACAGAUCUCGAGGUUUCAAGACAGACAGCUGAUGAAAGUCUGCCUACAGAAGUAGAGCUCAGUACUGGAGGAAAUCUGCCAACAACACCAGAACUGGAAUCUGGAACUAUUGACAAAGGUGUAAAGCUCGUGAAAGAUCCAGGAGGCAAAUCUGUGGACAGCAAACUGUAUAAGCAGAUUGUUGGAAGUCUGAUGUAUCUGACAGCAACAAGACCAGAUAUAAUGCAUGGUGUAAGUCUGAUUAGCAGAUAUAUGGAGCAACCAAAGGAGUUGCACUUGCAAACUGCUAAAAGAAUUCUCAGUGAUUAUGCUGGAGAUCUAGAUGACAGAAAAAGCACUUCUGGGUUUGUUUUUAUGCUGGGAUCUGGUGCAAUUUCAUGGUCUUCAAAGAAGCAACCAAUUGUGACUUUGUCCACAACAGAAGCGGAAUAUGUGGCAGCAACUUCUUGUGCUUGUCAAGCUAUUUGGUUGAGAAGAAUUAUGGAAGAACUUGAGCUGAAUCAACAUGAGGCCACUUCAAUUUAUUGUGAUAACAGUUCAGCUAUCAAGCUUUCUAAAAAUCCAGUUUUGCAUGGGAGAAGCAAGCAUAUACAUGUGAGGUAUCAUUUCUUGUGCAACUUGGUAGAAGAUGGAACAAUUGAGUUGAUUUAUUGCAGAACAGAAGAUCAAGUGGCUGAUAUAUUCACAAAACCCCUCAAAGUAGCAGCUUUUUCAAAAUUGAGAGAGUUACUUGGUGUUUGCAGCAUGUAGAAUUCAGUUUGAGGGAGGGCCUGCAGAUUCUGAAUUGCAGAUCUGCAGAUAAUGUGUUAUGCAAAUUUCUUUAAACUAAAGUCUAAAGACUUUCAGUUUAAGGGAGGGAUUGUUGGAAAUUAGAUCCUAUUAUUUAGCCAUUAUCUCUAUAUUUAAGGAAGUUUAAGUUAUUUAUUUAUUUUAGGCUGUUAUAUUGUUCUAAUCUCAUUUGACACUUGAGAUCUAUUGGGUAUCACGUUUUCUUUUGGGUUAAGAAGGUCAAAAGUCAGGCAGUAUUUUCUAUUCUGAUAUUUAUUUUUCAUUACUUUGCGUUUUGGAUUUUCAACUUUUACUUUUAUAUUAUUUUAACUUGAAACAAUUAUAUUUUUUUCACUUUUUUAUUUCAAAAAUGAAAAUGAUUGGGAAAA